UACUCGGUAAUAGAAGCUUGGCAGUCAAUGGUAAAACACGUAGAAAAGCGGUAUCCAAUUUAUAUUAAAAAAAAUACCUAAAACUACACUGUUGCUGAGGAACCUACGUACUGAACUGCUGGUUUUACCACGGACUGUUGUGGGUGUAACACACAAUGCAGCCUUGAAAACAGUCUGUGUAGAUGAUAAUAGUACAACUGUGGGAUAAAGUUAAUAUUUGUGUAAUAAACCAAACGCGUUUUGAAGCGCGUAAAUGUAGAGAACUGUUAGCAUAAGCUAGCUAGUUGAUGGCACACAGCCUGAGAAAACCACCCAGGGGAGAUAAAGGUUUUUCACCUUGGCUUUUGCUCUCCGUCCUGCUGACUGUCCAAAGCUCAAAGCACAGGCAGCCAUGUGAAGCCUGUUACCGAAUAACAAGAAAACCACACACAGGAUUGAACGAUUUCUUUGUUUAGAGCCGGACAGGUGCACCUUUCCUGGCUGUCGUCUGUAGCCAGGGGAAAAAAACAAAACAAACAAAAAAAGAUGAGCGGCCAUAAAUUGCUGUUCUCCAAGCUGAAGCUGUGGACUUCAGGAAGAUGGAUACUUCAACUUCAUGAUGGUAUGAGUGGGAGUGGGAAGGCAUCUUUUUCCUCCUGCAGCCCAAAGGUGUGUAUAAUCGGAAGCGGCCCAGCAGGUUUCUACACGGCACAGCAUUUGAUCAAGGCCCGUCAGGACAUUGAGGUGGACAUUUAUGAGCGGCUUCCCGUCCCCUUCGGCCUGGUCAGGUUCGGAGUGGCCCCUGAUCAUCCUGAAGUCAAGAACGUCAUCAACACAUUCACGCAGACGGCCAAACAUUCAUGCUGCAGUUUCUAUGGUAAUGUGAAUGUGGGGAAGGAUGUGAGUGUUGAAGAGCUGCAGCAAGCCUACCAUGCUGUCAUACUGAGUUACGGGGCAGAGGGAAACAGGAGUAUGGGAGUGCCAGGAGAAGACUUGGCUGGUGUGUACUCUGCCAAAGACUUUGUGGGCUGGUACAACGGGCUGCCCAGCUGUCGAGAGCUGAAUCCAGGCCUGAGUUGUGAAACAGCAGUCAUCCUGGGACAAGGUAACGUGGCCCUUGAUGUAGCAAGAGUCCUGUUAUCUCCCUUUGACAUUUUAAAGAAGACUGACAUCACCCAGCCAGCCCUGGAGGCUCUGGCAGAGAGCCAGGUCCGCAGGGUGCUGAUUGUUGGCAGGAGAGGACCCAUGCAGGUUGCUUGCACAAUCAAGGAGCUUAGAGAAAUGGUGAACCUGCCAGACAGCAGACCUGAGAUGGUGGUGGCUGAUUUUGAGGGUGUCACAGAGGCUCUUAAAGAUUUGCCAAGGCCCAGGAAGCGUCUGACAGAGCUGAUGUUGAAGACAGCCUUGAAUAUCCCAGGAGAGAAGGAGCAGGAGAGACGCAACAAGGCGUCCCGCGUAUGGGGCUUUCGAUUCUUUCGGAGCCCCGUCGAAGUCCUGGCUGACCCAGAGCGCAACAGAACAGCUGGCAUCCGACUGGCGGUCAACAGGCUGGAGGGUUCAGGUGAGGGAGCACGUGCAGUGCUCACUGGAGAAGUGGAGGAUGUGACCUGCGGCCUGGUCAUCAGCAGUAUUGGCUACAAGAGCCUUCCCAUCGAUCCAUCAGUGCCAUUUGACUCCCACAAAGCCAUCGUCCCAAACAGCAUGGGCCGCGUUCAACAAGCUACAGGUUUAUAUUGUAGUGGCUGGCUGAAAACUGGCCCCACUGGGGUGAUAGGCACCACUAUGAACAACAGUUUUGACACUGCACGAUCGUUACUGGAGGACAUGGACUCGGGAACGUUGGACGUAUCCGCUGCAAAGCCUGGUUCACAAAUCAUCGGUGCUCUGCUGGAAGAGAGAGGAGUGAAACCAGUGACUUUCUCAGACUGGGAGAAGAUUGACAAUGCGGAGAUGAGGAGGGGCGAAGCCAUGGGGAAACCCAGAGAAAAACUACUUACUGUGGAGGAAAUGCUCCAGUUGGCUCGAACAUGACUGAAGACAAGAAACUGUUUUCAGGUAAACACAGUAACUGUUGCAGUGUAAAAUAACAGCAGUUGUUGUCAAUGGGGACCUCAAAGACUGACCACAAUGCGCACAGAAAAUAAAUGGCAUUAUGAAGUACUCAACAUGGAAUUACUUGAUUUUGUACACAUGGUACACAUUAAAAGCUGGUUGGUGCUGUAGUUUACCCCUUAAUUCUGUGUCUCCAUGUCCUCUCAGUUUGUACCUUUUGUGAACAGUAUCAAUCUAAAUCACUGAAAGACCAAGUUGAUGUUUCAUGUUGCUCUAAAAUCCUCUUCUUAUGAAUUGUAAUUUACAGUAUGCAUGUUGAAGAGUAAAAACCAUGUGAUGGCUAAAAUAUGUUUUUGCACUUCACUCACACUUCAUAUAUUCAUAUUUACCAUCAUGAAUAUAUUUUAUACAAAAUAAAAUGUGACUUAUAUAUCCUUUUAUUCCUACCUUGGAGUAUAAUUUCCUACUGUUGCAAUCUAAAUAUUUACUGUUAGCUUAGAUGUCCUAUAUGGUGGGUUUUAAGAUCUAAAGUGUUUUAAGAUCACACACGGGGGUUGGUAAAUUGCAAAGAUUUUGACUUUGAAUACUUGAUUUAUAUGAUAACCUUAUAUGUUUUUUCAUUGUCAACAAAUCCCAUGAGAAGACCAAAACCAA